AUGACUGCUUGGGGCCUUCUCCUGGGCCUCGUGGCCUUGUGUGCCCUGCCUUGGUCCGAAGCUCUUCACUUUACACCGGAAGCUGCGAAAGAUACGCUGCGCAGUGCUUAUGACUACAUCAUCGUUGGCGGAGGUACCGCUGGGUUGACUAUUGCCAACCGUCUUUCUGAGAACUCAUCUGUUUCCGUCCUCGUCCUCGAGGCAGGUCCUCUGGACGAUGCCAGAAACCUCACGAUCCCGAAGGGCCUACUGCCCGUCCCAGGAGUAGUCGGCAACGGUGGCUGGAGCGAAUACGAAUGGGGCCUAAUCACAGAACCUCAAACCUAUCUCAACGAUCAGUACAUGGAAAUCCCUCAAGGAAAAGCUAUUGGCGGAAGCUCUAUUCUCAAUGGCCUCUGCUGGACAAGGGGCCCUGCCUCUGACUACGAUGGCUGGGAGAAGCUGGGCAACAAAGGAUGGUCCUGGAAUGGCAUGCUUCCCUACUUCAAGAAGUCAGAAAGCUUCAAGGCGAAUGCCUACAAGGAGGAUGCCGAUGCACUUCGCAUCCAUCCUGACUUGUCUAUGCAUGGAAACAAUGGCUCAGUCCACGUCUCGUAUCCUCGAUACUUCUACAACCAAUCCACAAAUGUGCUUGACGGAUUCUCCGAGCUCGGCAUACCCAUCAUUGACGACCCAAACAAUGGGACGGCCGCAGGAGCAAUGCUUCUCCCAUCAAGCAUGCAUCCCACCAACCAAACGAGAUCAGAUGCCAGAGAGGCUCAUUUUAACUCGGCGGAUCACAGGUCUAAUCUUCACGUUGCUACAGGACAGACAGUUACGCGCCUCAUUUUUGAGCCCUAUAACCGAUUUACGGGAAGCCGACGUGUUGUUGGCGUAGAGUUUGCAGAGGAUCAAAAGGCAAAGAAAAGAACCAUUGUCUGCAAGAGAGAGGUCAUCGUAUCUGCUGGAGCCAUCUUCUCUCCAACUCUACUUCAGGUCUCGGGCAUCGGACCAUCCAAAACCCUCGAAUCUCUUGAGAUCCCCGUCGAAAUCGACUUGCCUGGUGUUGGAUAUAAUCUACAGGAUCAUCCGAUGAUAUAUGCCACCUACUACUACCGCAAUUCUUCCCUCUUCAAAAGCGACGCAAUCAUUGGCGAAGUACAUGACCAGGUCUCUCGCAUUUACAUUAACAAUAGAACCGGCCCCUGGACAGCGCCUCUCAUCAACACAGUUGCAUUCCCCAACCUUCAGUCCGUCACCGACUCUUGGAAAGAUUUCGUCGACGACAAGAGUUCAGGAGAGGCCCUUCCUGACGAUGCCCCUCCACCAGUCAAGAUUGGCUACGAAUUGCAGAAGGAGAUUCUUCGAGAACAAGUCCUCAGUAAUGACAUGGGGAUAUUCGAAACAAUGGCCAACUCCUGGGGCCAGCUUACUGUCGCUGCUCAAAAGACCUUUUCCCGAGGCACUGUCCGACCUUCAACCUCUUCAAUCUUCGAUCCACCUCUUCUCGACCCACGAUACUGCUCCGACCCCAUCGACUGCGAGAUCAUUGUCCUUGGACUUCAGCUAAACAUGAAGCUCAUCGAGACAAAGGCCAUGAAGGAGCUCAUGCCGCAGCCGUACACCGCAUUCAACACGACAGAUCAUGACAAGUUGAUGCGGGAGGUUCUAAAAGGACUCACCACUGAGAGGCAUCCAUCUGGAACUGUCGCCAUGAUGCCUCGAGACAUGGGAGGAGUUGUGGACCCUGAGCUGAGAGUGUAUGGAACAUGCAAUCUGCGUGUUGCCGACGCCAGCAUCAUGCCGCUGAUCCCUUCGGCCCAUCUCCAGGCUGUUGUCUAUGCCAUUGCUGAAAAGGCGGCAGACAUGAUCAAGGUGACAACUCCAGACUGCCCACAUGGGCCGUUUCCCCCAAAGCCUCGACCAACCGACUGA